UGACGUACGUUUGGCAGAGAGGCAAGAUGGCUACAUCGGCUUGGCUGCGUGGACCAUCUGCUAUGCGACUAACAGAGGGUUUGGUGUCGGUUCUGAAAGAGCAGCGUUCAGAGUAUUUACCUGCUUUGUUGGCCAACUACAGAGAACAUGGCGUGUUUCAAACUCAGGGCGCGAGCGCCGUCGGGGGUCUCGUGGGUUUCAGCAAUGCCAAACUGGGCUCGAGCAAGACCAGGUUUGAAGGGCUCUGCCUGCUCUCCAUGCUGGUUAAAGACAGUUCCAGUGAUCUGUUCCAGCAACACUGCAUUUCCUGGCUGCGUUCCCUUCAGCAGGUCAUACAGUCUCAGGCUCCAGUUCAGACCAUCCAGCUAGCGGUGAACAUUCUGAAGGACUUGCUGCAGUACUCGUCUCAGCUGGCAGAGCUGGCCAGGGAGGUCGGCCUCAACUCCAUCCUGGGCAUUCUUACAUCUCUGCUGGGCCUUAAGACAGAGUGUGAGCUGGCAGCCAUGGAGGGGAUGACAGCCUGUAUGACCUACUACACCAGAGCCUGUGGAUCCCUCAGGGACAAACUAGGAGCCUAUUUCCUCUCCAAAAUGGACAGUACAAACAAGAAAACACAAGAGAUGGCCUGUCUGUGUUAUGGUCGCCUGCCGUCUCUGGGGGGCCUGUUGGACAGAGGGGUGAGUGCUGGUCGAGCUGAGGGCUGGACCAAUCAGAUUCACUGCCUACUGGCCUCAGGCAAUGGCCUGCUGGCUCAGAUCUACCAGGGUUCAGAAACAGAAGGAACGGUGCAAUAUGAAGGUCCGGGGGUGGAGCUGGCCUUUUCUCACCUCGACCAAUCAGAUCCUCUGCUGCUGCUGCAGCUCCAGCACAGAUACACAUCCGUCUGCCUGGCACUGAAAUACACACUCAGGGUGGAUCCAGCCUCUGCUGUCCGUCUGCCUGUCAGACCGAUACUCAACCUGGUGUGCCGGGUCCUCGCCGUCAGCUCCAAGAGCAUAAAUUUAACAGGAGAUGGAAGUGUGAGGUUGUUGAUCUUGCCCAUCAUACACACCAACACACUGGAGGUCUUAUCAGCUCUUAUGAUAGCUGUACGUAGCGGUAUGGUUCAGUACGCUGCUGUGCUACAGAGGCUGUUUUCUCAAACCCUGUCUGCCUGGACGCCUCUACCUGAAGCCAGUCUGGGACAUCAGAGAGCCUACAGCUCAGUGCGGGUAACGCUGUACAGAACCUUAGAGCUGUGGUUCCAGGUGGCUGGAGCCUCUGCUAGCGUCCUUCAGGGAAGCCCUGGCCACUCAGAACUCCUGUUUAGUCACCUACUUAGUGACAUCACACCAGGGGCGGAGUCUAUCAAGCUUCGGGCAGGUCUGUCAGCAGAUGCGGUUCCUGGAGGGAAGCCGGGCCCGCGAAGGACAAAACCAUUGGUCAUAGCAGACACAGUCGGGCCGUCACUCCAGAGAAAAGGAGACGUUCUGGCUAAUCAGGAUACUUGCAUUUCAGCCCUCAGGGCACUGAGGCACAUUAUACUUACCAGUGGUACACUGCUGAAAGACGAUCUACACAAGCGUCUCCAUGACGUCGUGCUGCCGCUGUGCGUGCGUCUGCAGCAGCAACAGUCCAGCAGCAGCACGUCGUGUGAAUCCGCAGGGAGCGUCAGUGGGCAGUACAGCAGCGCCCUCGGCCGACUGGAGCUGUACAAGUUGUUGCUGGCUCUGGUCCUCGUCCCAUCACCCUGUUGGCCUCCACCUCUGACUUGUGCUGUGUCCAUCCUCAGCAACGGUCGCAAUGACCGCAACCUCAAGGUCUCUACAUUCUGUACUGAGGCUCUGACCAUCUGUAAUUCUCUCCUCCAUCCCCGUACUCCCUCCAUCGCCCUGCCCUUACCACCCCUCACCCUGAAACCAACCGCCGCUGCUUCAGUCCUCCCCCCCUCCCAGAGAACUCCCUCUGGACUCACUUUGCCAACGCUCCUCGGAGCCCCUGCCCCUGUCCCUUUCCCCACCCGCCACUCCCUCGGCCUGGGUCCCGCUUCCCUACUGGGUCCUCUGGACAACCACCUCUCCCUGGUGCCGGGCCAGGCCCCCACCCCGGGAGACAUGAUCCUGUCCCCGCACGCACACCACCAGCAGGACCCAUCCGGGCUGGGCCUUCCCGAGGGUCAGAGACCCGUGUUCGUCCGCUACGACAGAGAGGAAGCGGAGGAUGUGGAGAUCUCUCUGGCCAGUGACUCGGACGACAGCGUAGUCAUCGUUCCUCCGAUGAUGCUCAACAUGGACAUCCAGCAGGAUGAGACGGCAGCAGCGGCAAACUCUCUGAACAUGUCCUCUGCCGCACAAGGGGGCGCUACAGUCACACUACCAGGAGGAGAAUCUGUCACCAUGGUCCCCACCACAGCAACAACCACCACGAUAGACAGGGUGUCGCUCCCCAACGACCUCGCCACAUCCUCCCCUCUACUCACCACCUCCACCACCCCCAUCAACUCCUUCCCUCCUUCCAGCUCCUCUGUGGUCUCCCUGGUUCCACCUUUGAACUCCAGCACACUCGCAGCUCCACCUGGCGGUCUGGGGGACUCGUUGCCCGGCCGACCUCAGCUCCAGCAGAUGCUGAUGCAGCCCUCCACAGCGGGCCAGCCCGGCCCCAUGGGUCUACCGCACCAGCUGCACCAGCUGCAGAAUCAGCUGAGCCAACCAGGACGGCACCUCCACCAGCACCAACCACCGCCUGCCAGCAACGAAGACUCCGCUGUCAUCAACAUCAACAGCACCGACGAGGAGGACGAAGAGGAGGAGGACAUGGAGGAUGAUGAAGAGCUGGACGAGGAGGAUGAAGGCCUGGAAGAGGAGGAAGAGGAUGAGGAAGCGAGCGAUUUUGCUGAUGAGUUUUAUGACGGGGAAGAGUACGAGGAUUAUGAUGAGGAAGAGGGGGAAGAGCUGGAGGAAGAGGAGGAGGAGGAGGAUGGGGACAUACCUCCACUGGAGGGAGCGGAGGAUAAGGCUGGAGAGGCGGGGAUGGAGGGGGGCAAGGUGCUCAGAGCAGCCGUGGAUGAAGGAGGGAUGGCCGGAUUCAGUGUGGAAGCAGAAGCAGAAGGAGGGAUAGAGGAGAUCCAGACCAACAGAUCGAUGUUCGGAGAGGAUAGGGUGAAGGUGCAAAAGGUGGAGAGCAUCGGCGUCCUGGAGGAGGCGCGGGAGGGGGAGGAGGACGAAAGCGAAAGGAUGGAUGACCCCACCAUGCCACAAAUCCUGUGUGUCACCGGAGGAUCACUAGAGGAGAGGGAGGAGACCGAGGAGGAGGGAGGGGGAGGGAGAGGAGGAGAUGGAGAAAGGCUGCAGGACGAGGCGAGGUCGUGGGAGCAAGGAGCCAAUGAGAUUGAGCUGGCAGCCGCCUCAGAAGAAUGCACAACCAAUCAGAAUCAACAGGAGUCGGGAGCUGAAACUGCACAGGAGGCGGGUGUGAGUGAUAACCAGCCGUCCAGUCAUCAGGAGCAGCUUGCGGCUGUUGAAGAGGGAGACUCAGCCGCGGCAGAACCCGAAACCUCAACAGGCCCGAAUACAAAAGAGCAAGAGGAGACGGUCGCUGAGAAAAGAGACGGAGUAAAAGCGGAGCAGCAGACGGAAGGAACAGGAGAGAGUGAUGGAGAGGAGGGGAAAGGAGUGAAGAGGAAGAGAGAGGAGGCGAACAGAGAGGAAGAGGGGCAAGGCACGGAGAAGAAAAAGAUGGAUGAUGAAGCCAUGGCCUCCAUGUUGGCUGAUUUUGUCGCAUGUCCACCUGAUGACGAAGACGGUGCCUCUGGAUCGAACCGCCCAUAAAUAUUUGCCAACCUGAACUGAAGUAACCAUGGAUACAGCAGAUAACUGCUAGGACAUUUAAUCAUUAGUGACAUUUCAAAGGUUUAAACAAAUAACAUUUCUUUUUACAAUUAACACUUGAAAUGAUGAAGGCACUUGCAAACGACAAGGUAGUACAAAAUGUAAACCACACUUUGGUGUUUAAAGGUGCUCCAUACAACUCAUUUAUCUUUACACCUUAAAGCCAUUCUUCAAGUGUUCAGAUCAACAGUUUUCUUUCUUUUAACAAUUCUGCCAACUUGAAAGUUACUGUGUACUUUUUUACUCUCACAUCACCCAGUUUAUAAUUGGCAAGAAGUAGUUUUACAAGAGUUUAAAAGAAGCAGUUAAUUGUUCAGUCAUAUUCAGCUGCCCAGCAGGGAGGUGAAAAGUAUUAUUCAGAGUUCUAGCCUUUUGUUAGUACUUGGUAUCCUACAGUAAGUGGUGGUUUUCUUGGAUUUAUAUGUAUGUUUUAGGCUCUUUAUGUUUUGCCAUCACUGUCAUACGCUUUGUUAUAAAAAGUCAAAUAAAUCAAACGUGAAAUACAUACACUACAUUUGUUUACCUCAGAUUUAACGGCUAAUCCCAACAAAGAAUUCUGGUUGUAAAUGCAAAAGGUUAGUUAAUCAACAUUACAUGAGAACUAUGACGUUCUUGAAAAGAUAAGUUAAUGUUUUGAGCCGCACAAACUGUUGUUUUGGAGGUAGAAGUCUGACCGAUAUUUAUCUAACCCUGGACAAAUAAAAAAUCAAAUGUGGCUUUGUAAUUUGGGACUGAACUGACCCUUUACAUUUACACGCUCAAGUGUGGCCAAAUUUCAUAUUACGUGCUGACUGCCAUAGUACUCUAUGCUAUUAUUUAUUAUUUAAUUUUUUAACAACGUACUUUACAGUUUUGUACUAACAGGAAAUGACGCAAUAUGUGCAACAACAGAGGUCAGCCAAACUGCAACUUUGGAAUGCCACUGACAUUAAACGUACUUAUGUCCUUAA